GGUGAGAUAUGCAGCGCGGGCAGUCAACAGGAGCUGGAAGCGAGGCUUGUCGUCUCGUUGCAAGCUUACGUGCCAUCCUGGGCUCCAAAUCCUGUUCCGAGAAAUCCCGUUCUAUCUCCGGCAAAGAGAAGUCUCCCACUCCCAACUCUUGUCCUGCUCACCCGCUUCCACUUAACGACAAUAACAAAAGCAGUAAUAACAAGAGCCACAGAUAUCCCAAAUCACCUUUCGUAGGUUGGAGAAAAUUAAAAUUGAAAGAGAGUUACGAAACUAAAGAAAACAGGAAGCCGAAAUACGUCCAAGGGACUGAUAAAGUCGGAAGCUGUUCCCAGUCACAAAUAGAAAGAAUUAGCUUACACAGCCCUGGGAAUGACACCUCAACCUUGGCAGCUGUACGAGACAUAAGAUCGGAACAAUCUACCUAUUUACAGGGCCAGGAGCACAAAUGCAAUACCAGCCGCACGGAAAUUCCUAGCAACUCCAGUCAGUCAGAAUCUAAUACUGAUGCCGUUGAAAUAAACGCCAAGGUGAGAAAAACGGAUCUUAGGAGUUCAAACAAAUUUGAAAAGACGGAGAAUAGUGAGAAAAGUACCAUAAGUAGUGCCGGAAACCACAGUCAUAAUAAUGUUGCAAAAAGUGCCAGCAGUAGUUCAGAAAGCACGCCGGUCAGCGGUGUCAACAUUCGUAGCACUUUACAAGACACAUGUGUGAUAGAGAGCGAUGAAGAGAGGAAUAUAACUGAGAAGGAAACCCGGGGUCAAGGGGACGGCAGUGACAAUCAGUCCAUAUGUUCUGAGCGCAAACUGGGAAACGAUAUAUGCACUAAUUAUUUAAGAGAUAUGUAUAAAAAGGGUAAACCUAGUAAUGGUUGUGAAACUCUUAAUGGGCCCCUGGAAUUAGACCGGGAACUGUGGUUGAAGUCUGCCUUGAGUUACAACUUACAAAUUCCUGAAACUCCAAGAAACGAAGUUGUGGUGCUAGCUUUGGGUAUUGACCAGUACGUCGAGGAAGUGUUCAGGUAUCUGGAUCACUCCGGGACAGGGAGGGUAAGUGUUCACGACAUGAAUGCUUUAUGUCACUUAUUGGGAUUUCCGGAGGAUGGCGAAAAACAACGAUCACAGAGAUGCCAUUGCGCAGGCUCAAAUUUGACGCUUCAUGGAUCCCUCGACAGGUCAUCGCUGGACAUAAACAAGUUCAAGGACAGUGAGUGCCCUGUGCAUCUUGGAUUUACCGAGUUCCAAAAAAAGUUGUGUGCAAGGUUCAUCCGCGCGGCCAAGUUAGAGAGCAUCUUACCGCUGCGCUGCCGGCGACCUAAUAAUCCCCGGUUGGUGACAUCAGUGGUCAGUGUGCAGCGUCGCUACAAAGUGCUGGAGACCAUCUCGCAGAGCAUGGCGCAGAUGGAUGCCAAGCUGGAUAGCGACGAGGUGAGAAUGAAUGACGAAUGUGAUACCUCAGGUGUCGUCUGCUCAAAAUGUCGACAAACGACUCACGUAGACCGUAACUCCAACAUUUCUCCACAGCCUUCGGAUUCUGAAAUUUCUUACCUACAUCGACAGAUUCUUCUACAAGAGAAGGAGCUACAGUGUUUACGAGAGGUUAUUGAAGACAUGCGUAUUGCCCUACAAAGCUCCGAUGCUGAAAACCUGGCACUGCAGGUUAAGAUUAAAAGAGCUGAAGAAUCUACUCAGGUCGAUUUGUCGCUCACAGAUGAAGAAGACACCAUCGACAACCUUGUGAGGCAAUUGAGUGAACUUGACCGCCAAGCCUUAGUUACCAAAGCUGAGACACCUGUAUCGUCCGUCCCAACACAGGGGCUCAGGCAAGGGCAGCCUGAAAGCGAUUCCUCAGCAAACAAUGAAUCUAAAACUUCAGAGGCUGUAGAAGGUCAACUUAGCACAGGUUCCACAUCUGGGGAUUUGUCAUUAGAAGCUGAACUGCAGGCUACCUAUGAAGCGCUGCAGGCAGCAAAGGAAGAACAAGAAGCAAUGCAGGUUGACCUACAACGAACAGUAGGGCAGCUGCAAGGGCGUGAGUCUGACCUGCGAGAAGCUGAACUCAGACUUCGCACUGCUCAUUCCGCGCUAGAGAAAGCUCAUCACGAUAAUCACGAACUUGUCAUGGAGAUCGCGGAAACACGCCAAGCACUACAAGAGAGCGGCAGCAAACUGACAGAGGCACAAGAGGAUCUGUGCCAGGCUAAAGACAACAUUGCAGUUAAGGAGUCGCAGCUGAAAGAGGCGCAGGGAACGAUAACCCUGCUAAGAAACUUCAGAGACAGCGUCAUUCAGACAGUCACCUCGGCCAGGAGUUUGGUGGCCAGCAGCCUUCAACAGGUGCGAGCUGGGGAACACGCCCUUACCUCCCUCGCCACCCACUCCCACCAUGAUGCCCACCCCGACGCUCACCCUGAUGUCCACUCCCCAUCUAUCACUACCAAGCUGGAUACCACCUCUCGAGCUGACAGCGGCUUAUGCAGCGAAGAUAGCGAAAGAGAUGACGACACGAAGACGUCUGACAGAUCAUCCGACCCCACUUCAGCUUCUGAAGACGACUUAUGGACACCGAGACACUCAGGGGAAAUUGUCCACGAUUGCUUUACCUCUCGCACAAGCAAAGGCGACGACUCAAGUUGUUCCUCUGGUCUUGGGUCACCCUUGAGCAUGCCACCAGAGCCUGAGGACGACUCAAGAAAAGAUACGAGGCAGCAUCUCAUGAUCUUAGAGGAGCGUGAACUGCUCGGGUGGAAAAGGUCGGUAAAGAAAGAUUCACCUGAAUCUGAGGACUUACUGAGAGAGAAUGCGAGGUCACGGCAGUGGUCAUCCUUCACUGGGCCACUUCUCUCAUCAACUACGAUCAUUGAAGGUCUGGAGAGAGAGGUGCAGUGGGUCCAGCGCAUUCUUGAGGAUGCUGAGAGAGAGUGUGAAGAGGUUGAAGGUAACGUGCUGGCGAUGGAUGAGGAGGCAAGGCGUAGGCUGAGGGAAGUUGAACUGACAAGGAAGGUUCAGCAGGCAAGGAGAGAGAAUACUCGAUUCUCUCUCACAGAGGACAAACUGCGACAGCUUCGACAGGCGUUGGUACCCGUGUCCAGCUCCCCGAGCCAGGAGCUGCAACUACGACAGGUGUUGGGACCCCUGCCCAGUACUCUGAGUCAAGAACGGGUGGCUUAGGGGAUGUGUGUGCAUCAGCGUACACCAUACACCUACACCAUCCCCCGUACACACGAACAUAAAUUACCUAAAUACACAUUCCUGUAUAUACCCACAUACACAAAAUUAUAUAGGAAUUUGUACAGGGAUUCAAAAUCGCACAUUACAAAAUGCAUUAUUCAUAUAAAUUGAUUAAAUGUAACGAUUAUUUUAUAUAUUAUUUAUUUUAUAGGGAGAUCACUAACCUCGUAGGGGCCAUGAAGUGCCCUUGGAAAUGAGAGGCAAUCAGAUUCGAUCCAGAAAAGGGGAAGAUAGUUCCAGUUCUUUUGAUUAAGAGCCCUUCAUCUCCGACGAAGGGUAAAUUGUAAAUUGUAUCAUGCAGGGCCCAAGAGCUCUAGUUCGUGGAGUCUUGUGAAACUUAAGGAAAUUAUGAAGUCUUGGAAAACUAAGAGGUCUUGGGGACCUAGAGGUCUUGAGGAACUAUGAGGUCUUGGGGAACUAAGAGGCUUUGGGGAACUAAGAGGCCUUGGGGAACUAAGAGGUCAUGGGAACUACGAGGUCUUGGGGAACUACGAGGUCUUGGGAAACUAAGAGGUCUUUGGGAAACUAAGAGGUUUUUGGGGAACUAAGAGGCCUUUGGGGAACUAAGCGGUCUUGGGGGAACUAAGAGGUCUUGGGAAACUAAGAGGUCUCGGGGACCUGUGAGAUCUGAAACAUCUGUCAGACUUUGAAUCUCUAAACCGAGAGAUCUCAUGUAUUAUUAAGAUUUCUAAAAGGCAACGCUUUGCUUAUGCGCUGGUUGAGUACCUGAUGAAAUUAUCUGCAUUCGCGAGUUACUGGCUGGAAAAUGUUCAAAGCUUUCAUCUGUGCAAUAAGUCUGACCACUUGCAGAGUACAAAAAUGUAAAGUAUGCAUUUCAGUGAUAUGGCAGAAAAACUAUCUUUAAAGAGAAAAAAAAACGCUCUCAAUGGUGAUAUGAAUAACAUAUAAGUCAGCAUGUACUUGAACACAAAACUCAUGCAACUGAAUUAACAUUGAUGGAGAGAGUUAGUGUUCAGUUUUCCCUGACAACAUGUAAUUCCAAUAUCGCGUUUUCUUUAAAUCUUAAAAAAAUUUGUCAAGACCAGCUUCUGUCGUAGACUCAGUGUAUUCAAUAAAAAAUUUAUGUGCAAAAUUCACGUACAUCAACAACAACAAUAAUAAUAAUAAUAAUAAUAAUAAUAAUAAUAAUAAUAAUAAUAAUAAUAAAAAAAUAAUAAUAAUAAUGAUAAUAAUAAUAAUAAUCCAUUAAAACUGGAAGUACAUUAACUUUCUUGCUCUGCUGUUGUUCAAAAAUUUAGAGUAUUAUUUUUUAUAGCAAGAGGAUAUUAUGUUCAGUUUCAAUAUAUAUUUAUAAACCAUCAUCGACACCAUUCCCAGCCCUUCUAGGGUAGGGUAGGUGCCCGAGCCCAAGCUUGCAGCUCACAAGCCUGCCAUUCCCAUUAGCCGCCUUCGGGCGGGGAUGGCACACCAGAGAGGCCUAGCUUCUCCCUACGAGCCCCGUGAGGGCGGGGAAUGUGGCUAGGCCUGGGGACAGUUGGUCCCAAAGAUGAGGAGGUACUUGUACCUCCUCCCAUGGCAGACUUAGGUCUCAGACACUCCCUAAAGAGGGAGCCAAGGCCGGGCCGGGAGAAUACCCGCAAAUCUUUAAUAAUAAUAAUAUAAACCAUCACCCUGUCAAAAAUACAAGUAAAAAAAAUAUUUAUGAAUAUUUUAUGUGGUAUGCUAGUCCGAGUGAAACUGUUUGCUUUCUUACCAGUAUCAUUGUGAUAUUGGUCAAGAAAAAACUGGAACUUUAUAGAAUCUAUAUCAUUAAUGUGAUAUACAAAUUCUUAAAGACGUGAAGAAUGUGCAUAGAUUUGUCUGGUUGCCAUAUUAUAUUUUUUAUUAUUUUUUUUUUUUUUUUGGGGGGGGGGGGGUCUAACCUGGACUUCUUGGGUGUAUAACUGUCUUCAGUAGAAUUUGAGUCUUUUUAGUAAUGGUAGAAUUACCAACAAAAUUUUACGGCUUGACAAAGCUCCUGGAGAGCGAAACGUUGCCAUAAUAAAAUUUCACAUUACUUGCAUCUGCGUCCACUUACCUAACACCAUAUAUUUCUCAACUUCCUCAAGGGUGACAGAUUGCCAACAACUGGAUUAUCAGUUUUGGACACUUCUGAAGGCCAAUAUCAACUAAGAACAAUUACGCAUUCUAAAUUUAUCUAUUUUUUUUUCCACUAACUCUAUGGAUGUUAUUUGUACAAGUCAUAUCUUCUUAUGCAUUAAAAAAUUUUGCUCCUUCCAAUUAUUAUUUCCUUCGUAAUAUUUGUUUACACGUUUAUAUGAUGACGCGACGGUGAAUUUGAACAGUACUUGAUUAUCCUACAGUGAAAUAACAGAGAAAAUGAAGCUUGAUUACUUACAAAUUUGUAUAUUAAUAUACGUGCUUGUGUCUAGCAAGUACAAGACCGCAGGUUCACGGCUCAACCAUCCCAGUCUUCCGUAUGAAUAUACUAUAUAUUUGUGUGUUAAAUAUUGCUUUCUACUCUUGAUAAGUAUCUGUUUUCUUUGUGUAAAUAUUUAUAUAUUUUUUUAACUUACGAAAUUUUUAACAUAUUGCACAGAGGAUAACACUUUCACUGGAAGUGUUAACUUUUGCAAUAUACUCGCCAUUAAAAGCAUAUCCUUGUAAAUGUACACUAACAAAGUAUAUCUGUCGAUUUGAAAGAGCACACUAGUGCAUAUACAGCUGCAUUUUACACGCCAGUAAAGUUAAUUAACAUAAAGUGUGUUUAUAUUUAGAGGUUGUAACAUGAUACAUAUUUGAUGUAAAUAAAUAGCGACAGAAGAUCGUUGGAUCUUUUAUUAAUUUUGUUUCUCUGGUAUGUAUACACGAACAAAUAAAAGUUAUGUACACCAUGAGGUGUGUGUGUGUGUGUGUGUGUGUGUGUGUGUGUGUUGUGUGUGUGUGUGUGUGUGUGUGUGUGUGUGCGUGUGUGUGUAUCUAUGUGUAUAUUCGAUAGGUGUAUGUGUGUGAAAUCACUAACAGGAGUUUAUUACAAGUAUCAAGUAUGUGUGUGUAACCACCUAAACUCUAUCAGUUACGGAUCUUAAAUUUCGUCUCUUGUGAUACGAGUGUGUCCUAGUGUUUACAGUGCUUGUUUCCCACAUAUAAAGAAGCUUAUCAUUCACAGAAUUCUAAUGUUUCCCUUUAAAUUACUACACUACUAAUUAAUUCACUGUAACUACGUGGGCUGUAUGAAACAAAAUAGGGGAAGCGAAUCAUCUGUACAUUCAAGGAAGAUAUAAUUCAGGUUUUUCACAAGAAUUUCCAUCUUCUCAUGUCUAGUUGGUAAUUGCAUUUCCUAACCUCUCACUCCAAACUGUACAGUUCACAGUAUAAAUUAAAGUUAGCUAACGUUAAAAAUCUACCUACUUUACCUGACUUACUCGCAGUGUCACGAGAUCACGAAUGUGAAGGUAACCUUGAAGCGUGGACGCUUCUCAGCAUGUGUAGGCAACUGGCUCUAUUUCUUCUAGAUACUGUCAGAUGCACUGUCAAUCUGUGGGUCUUAACAAGAAAGGAAUCUGUUCCUGACAGCCGAAUGUCCAAUCAAACCCUGAUAAUCUUAUUGGUUAAAUGAGUUUAAAACCUAUCUUCUAUACAAAGGGUAUAGUUAAGAAAAGUUUAAUUCCUAAAAUAGGGAUUAAACUCAGACUGAAAGAUAUACACACAACUUUCGGGGUAUAUAUCCUUGUGCCUAUCUUGUAAGUAAUCAAUAAUGGGGAAUUAUAAAGAUCAUACUUGCUGCUUCGAGGCUGAUCUGAGAUACCGAUGCUCCUCUAUUUUCUGUAGAUAAACAUUUCACUUGUCGUAAUUCCUACUUAUUAUGCCUUAUUUAUUCGCUACAUUGCUUUAUCUUCAGGCAGUUACUUAUUUCCUUAAUUCUAGACUUUGUUGGGUUGGAUCUGAUAUAGAUCCAUUCGGCAUGGGCCAUUAGGCCUGCUGCAGUGCUCCAUUUUUGUGCUAUUUUAAAAAUUUUGAUUUACAUAAUAGACGUGAAUCUCGAUCUUAAUAUUCCAUAUUGUUACUAUCGACUACUGAUAUGGCGGCUCCACCCUCUUGAUCUCUGACUCCUGAGUCAUUUUUUUUGUCGGGGCUAUUUUCACCUCCAAUCAAUUUUAAUUAGGCAAUGAUUUUCACAUUCAUUCUUACAUGUGUCACAACUGACAAGAAUACAAGGGCUCAUAUACUUCUCUUUAAUAAACACAUUCUACGUAAUACUGCAUGCAUAAAUAUACACACAUUACAACUCUGACAAUAAUUUUCACGGUAUUCUUUAGUCCCAUUUUAGGGGUUAAAGUAUUCUUGACUGGUGGUGUACAUGUACAGCCUUAAGGACCCUAGUGUAAUCGAUAGGUUUUAAACUUUAUUAACAAACCAGCAAGUAAUAAUUUUGUUCUCAAUAACGAAGUCCGGGCUUUUCAUUUUUUUAAUCUAUAUUAUGUGUGCAUUAUGCUUCCAACUGUCACCUAUUAAGCUAUGCUAGUCUCAACUGUUACUUGAAGAAUAUAAAAUAAAAUAAGUCUCUAUAAA